CAACCACACUCUCCAGCCAAUCCCUAAUUGUGUGUGCGUGUCUGCAUUUAUUUCCUGACAUGAAGAAGGAAACAGAGUAUUUGUUCUCUGAGACUGUGUCUGGUAGUGCUGAGCCUUUUGAAUUGUUUGCUUGACUGAAAAAGUGUCGCUGGCAGAAUUUAGCUGUGAAAAAUUACAGGAGUUUGGUUACCAUGGGGCAUUGUUGGAUGCCCCUCAUCUUGGCCUUGUUAUCUAUGGCAACCCCAACGCUCUGCCAAAGUGGAGAGUGGGGUUCAGGCUUUGACAUCUACUCUGCGAUAAUGGCCACCAAUGAUACGUUGCAGGCAAUUGGUGAUGAGCCUGUGAGGAUAAGAAACAAUCAAGAUUGGGUCACAUCAACAGCUUCACCUAUGCUGCAGUAUGAGCCUCAGCCAGACAAGUGCUCGGUCCACUUCAGAACUAACACUGCUUCGGCUCGAAGGCUGAAGGCCCAGAAAGAGGAGCUGGCCUAUUUGCAGGCUAUCCAGCAUGGAAACAAGGCAGUGAUGGAGAAUUUGGUGCAGUUUGUGGGGGCAGAGUUAGGAGAUCAGAACUAUGAAGAUGUGAUUAAGGAAAAUGUCGUUGGCAUCCAAGAAGACCACAAGAGUUGCCAUGAGGUGGUGGAGAAAGCUGAAGAAGAUAUGGAAAAGCAGCUGGAGGGGGAAGUGUUGGGCGCUGGCAUGCAGAAAAUCAGAGAAGAGUCUUUGGCCUUUGAAGACAUGCUUCGUACUGCAGUGGACAUCGCCAACAGGCUGGAAAUGUCAUCGCGGUCUCUGCAUGCUUCAUUCACCAAGCAGCUGAAAGUCAUUGCCAAAAUUCAUCGCUAAGGAAGUGUUGGAAAGACUGGCUGCCCUCAUGUCAUCCUCCAACUUGGGUAGGAUGUAUGGUAUCCUGUGUGAGACCCAAAAAAGGGAAAUAUACCUUCCUGUAAUUUGAUAUUUUUAAAUAAAUAAAUCUAUAUAUGCUUAGAUCACUAAGGGCCAAUUGUUCAAAAUAUUUAAUCUGGAUCAAAAUUAUUCGGAUUUGGAAAUCCCCACUUUUUGCUACUCAGGAUGUAAAUGUAAAUGUAAAUGUGCUGUAUUUAUAGCGCUUUUCCAUACAACUGCUCAAAGCGCUUUUACAUCUCAGGAAACAUCACCAUUCACACACAUUCAUACACUGUGGCGGGGCUGCGUACAAGGUACCACCUGCUCAUCAGAUAAACAUUCACACACAUUCACACUCGAUGCGCAGCACCAGGGCAACUCGGGGUUCAGUGUCUUGCCCAAGGACACUUCGACAAUGACUGCAGGGGGGGGAUCGAACCACCAACCUCCGAUUGGCAGGCAACCGCUCUACCACUGAGCCAAAGCCAGGUAAUCUGUCUUACUUUUAUGCGGUUUUCAAGCAAACAUUGGACUGGAUCACCCUGAUCCAGAUACAGUUUUCAAGAUUACCAAAUCCUGAUUAUCACUGCUCUAAAUAGGACAACAUAUCACAAUGUGGGCUACGAGCUACGUACA